AUGAACGACCGCGAGAAGAAGGCAGGAGCCACACCCGCAGCAACGGCUUCCACAGAGCGCCGAGAGGUCGCAGUGGUCCGAAUCCUCGCAGGUGGAACCCGACAGGUCAGGUCCACCUUCCACUUCGAUGAUGUCCUCACGUCUUUCAGCAGCCAAGAAGAUGUUUUCCGGGCGACUCUGCAGCCUCUGGUGGGCCAGGCGACGACUGCGGAGUUUGUCGUUGUUGUUGUGACUGGUCGUAGUGAACGGACAACUUACUACACUGUCCACGAAUGGACGGUGGCCACAGUGGACGUGGUGGUGAUGGCCGUGACACCGAGGAUUGCGAUGCUCGUAAUUUUCAGUGCCUCCAUUGCGCAGGUGUUGGCGGGUUACGAGACUACAGCUUUUGCCUAUGGUCAGACGGGCACUGGCAAAACGUGCUGCACUCAGCUUUGCUGGCCUUGGGACCAACACGCUGGCUUGCUCCUGUUCCGAGGGCGUGGCUUGGUUCCGCGCACGGCCGCAGCUGUGCUUGAAGCCCUCGCUCACCCCGAGUUCACGGAGAGCACGGUGACCGUGUCCUAUCUGGAGAUCUACAACGAGGAGUUGAGCGACCUCUUGGCCACUGCCGAGCGCCACCCAAAGCUGGACCUGAAGGAUAUUGGCAGCGGUCGUGGCGUCUGCUGCCAAGGCCUGUCAGAGGUGGAAGUCCAUAACAUGGACGACAUCCUCGAAGUGGUUCGUCGUGCGCAGGAGAAAAGGCGGGUUGCCGAGACCCGCGUGAAUGCACGGAGCAGCCGAUCCCACAGCAUCUUCACGAUGAAGGUGCGAUGUCAGAGGCGAGUGGCAGGCGGCGAGUUGGAGAACCAGGGCAAGCUACACCUCGUGGAUUUGGCCGGCAGCGAAUGUGCGAAGAAGGGCGGCUUCAUCUACCCGGAGGAUGCCUCCCAGGCUGCUCGGCUCCUAGCAGGGCAGGAAGAGGAGCGUGAGCGCCGCUCCAUCAAUCAGAGCUUGCUGACGCUGGGCCGUGUCAUCACCGCGCUGCGUGAGGGCUCCGGUCGGGUGCCGUAUCGAGAUUCGAAAUUGACCCGUCUUCUGCAAGAUGCCCUGGGCGGGCGCUGCAAGACGGUCAUCAUUGCGACCAUUUCGCCGGCCUUGGCAGCCGUUGAGGAGACCAUCUCUGCGCUGAGCUAUGCGGAACAAGCCGCCGGCAUCAAGAACCGGCCUGUUGCUUCGUCCCUGUUGCGCACGGCCACCGUCGCCUCGGCUGCACGGGCAGCGGACGUCAGUUCGAGCUCCGGACUUGGUGCCUCCGAUUGGGCGGAGCUCGAAAUGAAGGUCACUUACCUCGCGCAAGAGCUCGAGGAGGCUCAGGUGGCUCUCGGCCGGAAAUACCAGGAGGCGCAGGAGGAGGCCGAGCGCGCCGCGCGCGCCGAAGCGCGCAUGGAGGGCCUGGCAGAGGAGCUGCGAAAGGCGAAGCUCAAAACCCAGGAGCAGGCUUUCGCGAAGGAGCGCUUCGCAUCGUGUGCAUCGGACCAGCACCAGGUGGCCUUGGGCCUUCAAACCGCUCUCUCCGUUAGCGAGCAGCAUGCCGUGGACUUGGAGCAGCGCAUCGCCAUCGCGAAGGAGCAGCACCGCGCGGCCCAGGCGCGGGCCAAGGAGAUGUGCCGAAGUCUGGAGGAGGGCGGGGCAAGGCGGCUUCAGGAGCUGCUGCCUCUCCCAAGGCCCGAGGUCACCAAGCGGCUCACACAGGAGAAGGAGGGCUCUUUAGGGGGUGGCCCCCGGGAGGUGGCGGAGACAGAGGCCGUGAUUUUGGAGACGAGUUCUGCGCAGAAGGCGGCGAUGCUGGAACUGAAGGAGCUCCAUCACCGGCAGCGCUGCUGCCUGGUGGGCCUUGGCGAGCAGUUGCAAGGGCCCCACCGGAGCUCCACCCACGAAGCACUGCAGGAGCUCUCGGCCAAGGCCAAGGAGAGCUUGGUGGAGGGCGUCAAAGAUGCUCAGACGACGCUGGGCUCCCUGGAGCUUGCCUUGCAGAAAGCGGCGCAGGUCGCGGCCGAGGGCGCCGGCAGCGUCACGAAGGAGGCUGAAGAGGCCCAGCGAUCCUUCGCCGAGCACACGCAGCAGCUCCAGAAGACCUUGGCCUCUCAGCGCCGAGCCCUGGCGGCCUCGGCGGCCCGGACCUCCGAAGCCUUGAAAGCGGCCUGCGAGGCCGUCUCGGAGCUCUCGGCGCUCUCCGACGCCUCCCUGGCCGAAACGGCCCACGCCGUCACCGGCCUUCAGGCUGUCCAUGAAGAGACUCGGCCGCGUCUUUGGUUGGUAAGAGAUCCUCGGAACGUCUUCUUCUUCUUCUUCUUCUUGCCGCUGUUCCAGAGGCUGCGACUGGAUACAGUUGUGAUGUUUCAAGCGGUUGCUGGCCUUACGUGUGGCUUGUUAGCUCCAGCCAAGGAGAUCCUUCAGAAGCUCUGCGAGAAGGCAAAGUGCAAUGCAGAUGCCGUGAAAGAAGAGACCGGCUCGGGCGCCCGAGCCCUGGAGUCGCACCAGCAGCAGAAGCGCUGGGACUCCAUUGCAGAAGUGCAGGGCAAGUGUGUGGAGGACGAGGACAAGAUGAUCCAGACCGCAAGCGAUGCUGCCGCCAGCAUCGAAGAGGAAGCAGAUCGGCACGUCGAGGCCAACAACGUGGAGAUCCACACUUUGCAAGGUCGCGCACUCAGCGGCGUCCGUGCCCUCCGCUCGGGCGCAGCAACAGCUCUCGAGGAGCAGCGAGCUACGGUACAGCGUUUCGUUGAGGGGGCGGAGGCCGGUGUCCUCGGCGAGGAGAUUCCAAAGAGGCCGAUGGCUGACGUCUCAGAGACAACUCCAGUUCCGAGCGAGGAGACGAUCCUGGCAGAGUUCCAGAAAAGCUGUCUUACGAAGACUGUGUGCAGCAGCAAUGCGAACUUGGUUCAAUCUGUGGCAGUUGCGCUUCGCAGCAGCAGACAAGGCAACCUAGAUCCGGCGGAGAUCACGAACAUUGAGAGCGCGCUGCGGGCCCUGGACAUCCCUGCACAGGAACGCCCCGUGUGGGCCGCCGGGGCUUCCCGCGGCCUCUUCCUGGUUUUCGAAGGUCUGGACCGGAGCGGCAAGUCCACGCAGAGCAAGAAGAUCGCCAACUACCUGGAGAAG